UCGCGAUGUUUCGCGGACUGACGGCGGUUGAAAAUGGAGUCGUAGGGGGCGGGGUGCAGCAGGAGGGAGCAGAGAUGUUUGGAGGCUUUUUUUUUUUUUAUAUAAAAUUAUUUAUUUAAAUAAAAAUGGCCGCCAUGGAGAGCGGAGAGGAGAGACUGGAGGAGGGUGACGAGGGACCUGUCGACCCCCAGUCCCCCUCCAGAGAGAGAGACGGGUCCCACAGUAAGACCAAGAAGGCCCGCAGGGACCGUCGCCAUGCUUACCGGGGGGCGGAGUCACAGACGGGGACGGAGCCACAGACCCAGGCAUCGGACACGGUAGCGGGCCCAUCGGAGCCGGGGUCGGGCCCCUCGGAGCCGGGGUCCGAGUCGGCGGCCGCCAGCGAGUCUGCAGGUUCUCCCAGGCAGCGGCGCUCCGUCAUACGGGACCGCGGGCCGCUGUACGACGACCCGUCGCUGCCUGAAGGCUGGACCCGCAAACUCAAGCAGAGGAAGUCCGGACGCUCGGCGGGGAAGUUUGACGUCUACCUGAUCAACUCAGAGGGAAAAGCGUUCCGCUCCAAGGUCGAACUUAUUGCUUACUUCCAGAAGGUCAGCGACACGACCACCGACCCCAACGAUUUUGACUUCACAGUCACCGGACGCGGAAGCCCGUCCCGCCGCGAGAAGCGCCCCCCAAAGAAAGCCAAGGUGGUGAAACCGUCGGGACGAGGCCGGGGGAGGCCCAAAGGCAGUGGGAAGAUGCGCCAGGCUACGGAGGGCGUGGCCAUGAAGCGCGUGGUUGAGAAAACUCCGGGCAAACUGCUGGUCAAGAUGCCCUUCAGCAAGGCAGAUUCCUCCACUGCCUCCACCUCCACGGCCUCAAAGGUGGUGUCUCCUGCCCCGACGCCCAAGUCCCGACCUGGCAGGAAGAGGAAAUCGGAACAGGAACCACCGGCUCCGCCACAGACCACCCCCAAGAAACGGGGCAGGAAACCAGCCUCGGCCUCGGCAGCAUCGCCGGUGGUUACGGCAUCCACCUCGACGGCGUCAACCCCCGUGGCUGGGAGCUACGCCGCGGCGGCCAUUUUAGCCGCAGAGGCCAAACGGAGAGCAGCCAAGGAGUCUUCCGCCAAACUCGUCGUCCAGGAAACAGCCCUGCCAAUCAAGAAGCGUAAAACGAGAGAGACAGUGGAGGAGGUGGAAAAUGUUCAGACUCUGGCCGCUACCACAACUGAGACUGAAAGAAGGGUCACUGUGGAGGGGGAGGCCGGUAAAGGGGAGGGAGCUCCAACCCCAGAGCCUCAGCCCGCCCCCUCUGAUCAGAGCCAAUCACAAUCACAGAAACAGCCCGCCGUUUCAGAUGAAAGCCAACCACACGGACACAAGACGCAUAAAGGGAGGAAGCACAAGGAGAAAACGGGAAUAGCGGCAGGAGAAGUUGAAGAAGACGUCGGUGACAAGGGAGGAGGAGGAAGAAGUAGCAGCAGCAGCAGUAGCAUCAGCCCAUCAAAGAGCCACAAAAGGAAGGACCGGCCACCUCACAAACACCACCAUCAUCACCACCACCACCAUCAUCAUCAUCGCCACCAACAUUCCUCUGCCUCCGCGUUGGAUCAGCCUGCUCCCGCCCCACCCCCUCCAGCCUCUGGGCACCCAGCACCCUCCGGCCAGUCCAAGCCUGAAGCCAAGCCCCAGGCUGUGGCUCAGCUCACCACAACCCAACAAUUGCAGCACACCCAGCAAACUCCACCAAUACCCCAAUCGAGGUCUGCCCCGCAGACCCCGCCUGAACCACGGCACCAACCCCGUUCCCAGCAGCAUCCCCAGUCUCCCAGUCAGCCCCAAGCCCAGCCUCGGUACCCAGCACCCCAGCUCUCUCCUACCAGGCAUGUCUUGCCCCAGCCAAGGUCCCAACCAGCCCUACCCCAAACCCACAGUCAGAUCCAGGCCUCCCCUCAGAAAACCCAGUCACAGCCAGUCCAGUCCCCUGCUCAGCACCACUCCCAGCUUGCUCCACCGCAGUCGCCCCCUUCUCAAUCCCCAUCCAUACUGCACAUUCAUCCGCCCCAAACAAGACAUCCACAAACCCAGUCUCCCACAGUACUCCAACCCCAGCCCCGGCAGUCACUGCAGCCUCAACUCCAGGCCCAGUCCAGGAACCCAGCCGAACUUCAGAAUAAACUGCAGCUCAGAUCCCCUUCCCAAAUGCAAUCCCAGCCCCAAAUCCCAGCCCAAACUCCAGCUCUACCCCAGAACAGGACCCCAGCCCAAACUCCAGCUCUACCCCAGAACAGGACCCCAGCCCAAACUCCAGCUCUACCCCAGAACAGGACCCCAGCCCAAACUCCAGCUCUACCCCAGAACAGGACCCCAGCCCAAACUCCAGCUCAACCCCAGAACAGGACCCCAGCCCAAACUCCAGCUCUACCCCAGAACAGGACCCCAGCCCAAACUCCAGCUCUACCCCAGUCCAGGACCCCAGCCCAAACUCCAGCUCAACCCCAGAACAGGACCCCAGCCCAAACUCCAGCUCAACCCCAGAACAGGACCCCAGCCCAAACUCCAGCUCUACCCCAGAACAGGACCCCAGCCCAAACUCCAGCUCAACCCCAGAACAGGACCCCAGCCCAAACUCCAGCUCAACCCCAGUCCAGGACCCCAGCCCAAACUCCAGCUCAACCCCAGAACAGGACCCCAGCCCAAACUCCAGCUCAACCCCAGAACAGGACCCCAGCCCAAACUCCAGCUCAACCCCAGAACAGGACCACAGCCCAAACUCCAGCUCUACCCCAGUCCAGGACCACAGCCCAAACUCCAGCUCUACCCCAGAACAGGACCCCAGCCCAAACUCCAGCUCAACCCCAGUCCAGGACCCCAGCUCAACCCCAGUCCAGGACCCCAGCCCAAACUCUUGCUCAACCCCAGUCCAGGACCCCAGCCCAAACUCCAGCUCAACCCCCGUCCAGGACCCCAGCCCAAACUCCAGGUCACCUGCAACCCAGGCAUCAAGCGCAGCCCCAAACCCAGACAAGGCACCCAUUGCAACACCAACUCCAGACUCAAUACAGACCACAACCCAGACCGUCUCUCUCCCAGUCUAGGCCCCCCCAGUCCCAAGCACAACCACAUGUUCAGCGGAUUCAAGCGCAGCCACGCCCCCAGCUCACCAGGCCUCAUGUGCAGCACCUCUCGUCCCACCAACCAUCUCCCGGCCUAACCAGAACCAACCUGGGUCCGGCUCAACAGAACCAGAGCGAACAGCCCCAAGAUCUGAGCACCACGCGGGCCGGCCGAGGAAACCUGCCGCAGAGCCGAGAGGGAUGCGUGGAGGGCCUCCUAAGGGCGGAGGGGAGAGGGGAGCCGGCCGUGGCCUCAGAAAGCCGAGAGGUUCUCGGGGGAGAAAGAGGGUCAAACAGCACCUUGAGGCCCUCCGGACCCCCAGGAGUAGCCGGGGUCGGUCUGGCCCCCGGGACAGACGGUCGGGCCAGGCUGCGGGCGGAGCCGGAGGGCGAAGGCAGGGAGCUCAGAGACAUCGUCCCCCAGUCUGCCGUCCCCUGUCCCAGCCGAGAGGAGACCGUAGAGUCUCGGACCGCCGUCAGCGAAAGAGUCAGCUGAUCGGGGCGUCGGGCCGAAGAGGAGCGAGAGGAGGAGGAGAGAUUUUACACUGUUUUCAGACAGGAGGACGAACGUCUCGGAGCUGUCGGACUGUCGCAGCUUCCACUCCGUCUGAUUGUUUCUGGACGCUUUGUAAAGUUCUGGAUCUGGGAGGAAGACAACGGAUCUUUUUUUAUAGGAAAAACAAACAAAAAAAAAACUAUAAAAGAAAAAAAAAGAAGAAGUGUGUGUACAUAUAAUCAAAAGGCAGCUGUUGUGUCCCGCUAGUCUCCGAGGUGGGAGGGGGGGAGGGGUAGGAACUAGAAACGCUUCACAACAUUACGAAACGUUGCUUCCGGAAUAUAAACCCCUGUUUAUUUUUUACGUAUUUUGGAUCGUUUAUUGUUUUUGUCUGUUAUUCAGCUUUAAACUCUUGAUAUUAUGGUCUGUUGCUCAUCAACGCGCUGCUGACUUCAUUUAAAGUCCGGGUCGGGUUCACACGGGACUCAACAGAGAGACUGAAGGACGGACGGGUGAUCGCUAUGGAAACCAGCCUUUCAAAUCCUUCGGUCCCGUGUGAACCCGCUGAGAGACUCGUCCUCCUGACUGAAACCAGUCCUGGACCGGAAAGCCUCGGAGGUGAUGCGGGGCGGUGGUUUGCGUCAUGAACUGGCUUCUUACGGACCUGGCGUUAACAAAGAUGGAGGUCUGUCACGUCUCCAUCGUCUUCCAGCCAGGCAGCCGAUGUUCUGACGUCUCUGGGAUCGAUUAUCGUCCGCAAGCGAGUUGCUCUUCCAGUGAGAGAUCCUUCCACUUUGGUCUUCACUGAGUCUGUUGGGGUCACACCAACCCCUCUUCCCCAGUAGCUUCAUCUCAGUCUGGACUCUUCUUCUUGUCUUUGUGUUGAACGUCUGGAACAGUACGAUCGACCGCCCGCAUGCAGAGGUCCACCUCGCCGGGGGGGGCGUGAAACAUGGAGCAUGGAGCCGCAACACAAAACCAUCCAGAGAGUUGAACCCCGUGAAACCAGGAAGACGAGAUGUUCUGAGCCGGCCACCGUGAGGCGUUCAGGUUCAACUCAGAGGCCUCCGACGUUUAAAGUCCCGGUGAAACCUUCUGUGCUGUGAAACCGGAAUAUUUGAGAGGCGAACAGUCGCGUUUCUUAUUUUUAGGGUUUUUUGAGGGUUUAGCGGCCUAGAGAGGCUUAAGGCCCGCCCCUUUGGAAAAAGUAGUCGUCAGGGUUACAGUUGUGUCGUGAAGUGCACAGAUGAUGUUUGUACAUUUUAAAUUCUCCGUUUGUUAUGAAUUAAUUUAGUUUCGUGUGUAAAAACUUCGUUGGACGUUAGCUUGUCUGCUAGCUAGCUUAGCUUAGCUCCAAACACACUUUCAGGUUUGUCGACUUUCUUCUUUUUACGCGUUUUUAAGAAGUUUUCUGGGUUUCACACGCGUUGCACCUGAACGCCUCACCGACCGCACGCCGGUCCCCAGUGACGUGAUGUUUAGCUUCAGCGCGGCGUCCACGGGAAGCUCUGCGAUUGGCCGACUGCCGGUGAAAUGCACCCUGGGAGUCGUGGUUUACUUCUCCCCUUCAGAGACUCAGACAUGUCCUCACCCUUUCAACAUGAAGUCCAGGAUCCAGAGUGGAUCACAGAGUUCACACAGACUGGAGCCCACACCCCCUCCCACCCAAUCGGUGAAUGUUGAUCAAUGUGCCUCGUCCUCUCACCUGGUCGCCAGGUGACGUCGCUUGGAUUCACCUGAGGCCGAAGCCGCCUCCCCCUCUGCGUACCCCCCACCCCCCCCCCCCGUCAGCAUGCCGUCUGUCACGCAGCUGCCUAAAUCCAACGCCCCCUCCGCGAAGCCUCCACCGGACUCGGCGGCGCCAGUAACCAGCCGCCAUCUUGCAUGUCCCAGAGUCUAGUGCCUCUACUAUUGAGCCGGCGGCGCCGUGUCGUGUUUCUAGACGUAGUCGUGCCGUGCGGUGACCUCUCGAGUCGCUCACGUCCAGGAUGAAUAUUCUGCUUGUGCUCUGGUUGGAUUCAGUGGAACUUCAACGCGCUGUAGACGAAACUAGUUUUUACCUGUUUUCUUAUUUUCAUUUCUAACUAAAAGCGUUUGUUGUCCCCCGA